AUGAGCCACACUCCCGAAAGGGCCACUGAGAAGGGCAAAGACCUUUACACCGUGUUUCCCAAACAAGGUACCGACACUGCUGAAACCAUGGAAUUCAUCAAGUCAACUGUCAACAAUCAUCACCUCCACCCCUGGACCGACGUCCAUGAGCAGUUGAUGUCGUGGACAGUCGAGGCCUCGCCGAGCGAAGUUACCCAGCUGGAGGGCCAUGACGGCAUUGAUCGCGUGACCAAGCUUGAGAUUCCAAAGGAUCACAACAGACCGAAGCAAGAUGAUUCUCUAGAACAAAAGUCCACUAUCUACCCUGUGGAUGGUCAGAACCUGGAUCAGUGUAACGUAACCGGUGCCUCCCUUAGGGCCCUCCUCAAUGGUAAAGUAAAUAAACCUAGGAUAUGGAACGGCACGGUUAAGAGCUGGACGGCCUUCUUGACCAAGGCUCAGGUGGAGCAAGUUGAGGUCAUCGAUGGCGUUAAAGUUGUGCGGCCAGUUUAUAAGGGUAGGCGAUGCUGCGUGGCUCGAGGACUUCGAAAGCCGUCGACUUCUCCAAAGGCAUCAGGCCCUUUGGAAACACGAGGUAUCAUAUACGAGACGCAGCAGAACGCUGCUCCUGAGUUGGUUGCCGUCAGCCAGCCGAGGACCUCUAGUACGACAUUGUAUGAGAGCCAUGCAGGAGGAGGAGGCCAGGUGCAUCACAUCGAGACAGAUGCAGCUUUCGUCUAG